GCGCCGCGUGCCCUCACAGACCAAAGCAAUCGAACGCUGUUGCGUAAAGCGUCAAUCGCCGAGUCACGGAUUGGAGCCACUUGAACCAACAUGCACGUAACGAGGACAACUUGGUGGUAGCGAUGACAGACGCGCGGCUGUGCAUCGCCUGAGCGCUGCUCCGCCACGUUUUAAACUGCCGUUUGUUUUCAAGUCGCGUAAAGCCGACCGAGCUAGCUCACCGCUAAUCUGUGUGACUUGCUAGCUUCUCUGGAGUAACCUCUGUUUAUGACGAGUGCGUCGUCCAGAAGACCGAAGUUGACGUAAACCUUUUCCGCCCGCCAAAUACGUUUCAGCCAUGGUGUUCAUUCAGGGUUACUGCGAAACCAAUUCCUCCAUCUCUCGCACCUGGGUGGACGAGGGCAUCUCCCCGUGCUUCUACUUCACCCUGGUCCCCUCCAUCCUGCUCACCAUGGCCUUCUUCCUGGGCACCGUCCACUGCGUCUUCUACCAGAAAUAUGGCACGGCGAUGGAGCCCAAGUUCAUCCCGCGCUCCCGCCUCUACGGCUUCCAGCUGGCCCUCUCCGUCCUCCUGAUCUUCCAGUUUGCGGGCGGGGCGGUGUGGCGGGCCGCCAGCGGGGGAGAGCUCCCGGGAUACGCGGUGCUGUACGGCUGCUUCUCCGCGCUGGCCUGGGGCUGGUCCGUAGCCCUGCUGAGGGUGGAGAGACGGAGGGCCCUGCUGAUGUCCCGGACGAGGGGCCACAGCGCGGCCCUGCUGCUGUUCUGGGCCGUGGCGUUCUCGGCGGAGAACUUGGCCUUCGUCUCUUGGUUCAGUCCGCACUGGUGGUGGGGCCUGGAGAACGCUGAGCAGCAGGUUCAGUUCUUCCUGUGGCUGAUGCGCUACACAGGCACCGGGCUGCUCUUCUUCAUCGGUCUCAAAGCUCCGGGGUUGCCACGGAAACCGUACAUGCUCCUGAUUAACGAAGACGAGCGGGACGUAGAGGGCAGCGGACGGGGCCUUUUGGGCGGACCAGAAGAGAACCAAUCCACCUGGCUGGGUUUCAGGAAGAAGGUCCGCGUGCUUCUUCCCUACAUGUGGCCCCGGGGGAACACCUUCCUCCAGCUUCUGGUCGUCUUCUGUUUGACGCUGCUGGGAAUCGAGAGGGUCGUCAACGUCUUUGUGCCCAUCUACUACAAGAAUAUCGUGAACAAGCUGACCGACGGCAGCAGCUGGCGCUCUCUGGCCACCACCGUGUGCCUUUAUGUCCUGCUCAAGUUCCUGCAGGGCGGCGGUGCAGGCGCGUCGGGUUUCAUCAGUAACCUGCGCUCCUUCCUGUGGAUCCGGGUGCAGCAGUUCACCAACCGCGUGGUGCAGGUGCGCCUGUUCAGCCACCUGCACUCGCUCUCGCUGCGCUGGCACCUGGGGCGCAAGACCGGCGACGUGCUGAGGAGCAUCGACCGCGGCACCACGUCCAUCAACAGCCUGCUCAGCUACAUCGUGUUCAGCAUCAUCCCCACCAUGGCCGACAUUGUCAUUUCCAUCAUCUACUUCAUCACCAAUUUCAACGCCUGGUUCGGCCUCAUAGUUUUUGUCUGCAUGGGCCUGUACCUCACUCUGACCAUCAUCAUCACGGAGUGGAGAACCAAGUACAGACGAGACAUGAAUCAGAAGGACAACAAUGCCAAGACUAAGGCGGUGGACUCCUUGUUGAACUUUGAGACGGUGAAAUACUACAAUGCAGAGAACUACGAGGUCGGGCGUUUCGAGGACGCCAUCUUGAAAUACCAGGUGUCGGAGUGGAAGGCCCAGGCGUCCCUGGCCUUCCUCAACCAGACACAGAACGUCAUCAUCGGUGGGGGCCUGCUGGCCGGCUCCCUGCUCUGUGCUUACUUUGUGACGGAAGGAAAGUUUCAGGUUGGAGAUUUUGUUCUUUUUGGUUCCUACAUCAUCCAGUUGUACACCCCCCUCAACUGGUUUGGUACCUACUACAGAAUGAUCCAGAAUUCUUUCAUCGACAUGGAGAGCAUGUUCAAGCUUUUCGAAGAGGACGAAGAGGUCAAAGAUGAAGUAAAUGCAGGGAGUCUUCAGUACAAAAAGGGAAUGGUGGAGUUCAAGAAUGUCUACUUCAACUACGUCGACGGCAAGCAGAUUCUCAAGGAUGUCUCCUUCACUGUCCUUCCAGGACAGACCUGUGCCGUGGUGGGACCAUCGGGCUCUGGGAAGAGCACCAUCAUGAGACUCCUCUUUCGUUUCUAUGACGUUCAGGGAGGCUGCAUCAACAUCGACGGGCAAGAUAUAGCAAAAGUGACGCAGAGAUCUCUGCGCGCACACAUCGGCGUGGUCCCCCAAGACACGGUGCUUUUCAACGAUACCAUCCGGGACAACAUCCGCUACGGCCGCGUCUCCGCAUGCGACCAUGAGGUGGAGGAGGCUGCCCUGGCCGCCGACAUACACGAUAAAAUCAUGACCUUCCCCGAAGGUUACGAUACGCAGGUGGGCGAAAGAGGCCUGAAGCUGAGUGGAGGCGAAAAGCAACGGGUGGCCAUCGCCAGAACCAUCCUCAAAGCGCCACAGAUCGUCCUGCUGGAUGAGGCCACCUCUGCACUGGACACGCAGACUGAACGCAACAUCCAGACCUCGCUGGCCAAAGUCUGCAUCAACCGUACGACAGUCGUCGUGGCUCACAGGUUGUCCACCAUAAUCGGAGCUGACCAGAUUCUGGUGAUCAGCGACGGCCGCAUCGCCGAGCGAGGACGACACGAGGAGUUGCUGCUCAAGGGGGGCUUGUACUCCGACAUGUGGAUGAGGCAGCAGCAGGCCCAGGACACCGAUUCGUCGUCGGACACAGAAGCCAAAGACCUCACGUCUGAAAAACUGCAGCCGCCAUCGACCUCCUCCGGCCACUGAAUGUAUUUAUUAGUGUUUUGUUAGGGGUAGUUUUAUUUUGUUCUUUACUGAAACUGAAUGUUUGGUUCAAACCUUCAAUACCAAGGCUAAAUAGGGAAUGAAUUAUUUAAUUUUGCUCCAUACUUCUGGGUUUACUUUUUUAUUUAUAAUGUUGUAAUUCAUGAAUCCGUCCUGCCAGCUUUUUAAUAUUGCCUUUUUCUUUUUCGUAUGCAGCAUUGGUGGUUUAGUUUUUGCUGUCGCCAGAAAAUGAAAGAGGCAUUCACUUUAUAUUCUAUGGCCUGUUAUUCAAAAGUAUAAAGGGAAGACUAGCUAGAGGUAGGGGAAUAAAAACACUCAGGAGGCUCAUGGCUCAGUUGUCCACUACAUUAUGUCAUAUGAAAGACAAGUCAUUCUUUGGUAUACAAAAUGUCAGGGAUUUCUUUUGCUGCAUUUAAGUUUUUACAUUUUUGGUAGACGUUAUGAAAAUACUUUUUCUAGUGUAAGUGUCUGUAUAACUGUGAUUGCUAAGGUAAAGCUGGUGUUCCUUUUCUGAUCAUCGUAUUCACUAAAUCGUUGGCAGGGUUUAAUGGAUACACAACAAUUAAAGGUCAGAAUUGAUGUGAAUUAUUUAAAAAAAUGUUUUUGGAUUUGUUCAUUCCCACACAUGUUGGUACAUGGAUGUCAUGGAGGCACGUUACCAGUUCGAUCUGCUUUUGCUGCUUUGGAAGUGAAAUAAUCCAUCCGGAAGAAAAUGUACCUUCAAACUAAUAACACACAACGUUAUUCUCAAUGAAUGUAAUAUAUCUGUAUUUUAUAUUUACAUUCAUAUACACAAGAAUUUGCAAUCAAUUGAUGUUUUGUAUUUGCAUUACAAAGCUUUAUAUAUAUUACUUUAUAUUAUACAUAUAUAUUUAUAUUUGAAUUGCAUGUUUUACUGUAUAAUCAAAACACUGCAGGCAUUUCCCAGUGAUAUUUUAAUUUAAGUCAAGUUUAAGUUACUCAUUUUUAGAGUAAGGAGUCUAGUAUGUACAAUUUAACUGUUAACUUCUCUGAGUUGGGCAUUCUUGUAAUGACCUUGCAAGAAGAAGUUGUACAAUCUGAGGUAAACAGAUGUAUCUCCACAGAAACAGGAGAAACUUUUUACCCCCAAAAGCUGCAAAUAAAAGUGAUGGAUAAAGA